AUGCAUCCGACGACCCGCAGCCCUUUUCCUCUGUCUUUGCUGUCGUGGGUGUGGUGCGCCUUGAGCGUAGGCGCGAGUACCAGAAUCCCACUCUACAGGGUGCCUCGCCUCGACAGCGUCAGUCGUCGGUUCUCUGGUGUCAAUGUGGACCUAUCCCUGGAAACAUCUAACCAGUUCGCGUAUCUGGUCAACGUAAGCAUCGGUGGCGAGGAAUUUAUGGUCCUUCUCGACACCGGGUCGUCAGAUUUGUGGGUCGUAUCGUCUGAUUGCUCAACCUCAGACUGUGAAGGCGUCCAGAAAUAUACCAGGACACCUUCGCUUUCUCAGACUGACGUGCCCUUUCACCUCAAUUACCUCGUUGGCAACGUUUCCGGGACGGUGGGGGCGGAAACCGUCACCCUCGGAGAGUUCCAGGUGUCCUCCCAAAUAUUCGCGAUGGCCGAAGAGACGAACGGACUAGGUUUGCACGGGACGGGCAAUAGCGGAAUCAUGGGGCUCUCGUUCCCCGCCGAAGCCGCGAUCUCUGACACGACCGGCCGCACCGUGGUGGAGAACCUGUUCUCGGCGUUCAACGACACUUCUCGCCGCUUUUUCGCCUUCAAGCUCGGGCGGGACCAGACGUCGUCGUCCUUCACCAUCGGCGAGCUCGACCCGGCCUUCGCGAACGCCACGGAUGACAUGACCUACAACCCUGUCUUCGCUUCCGGCGGCGCGCUGUACGACUAUUGGAAAUUGCCCCUUCAGUCUCUGACGGUGAACGGCACCUCGUUCGCGCUCGCGAAGUCGCGCAUGGACGGCGCGCCAGCCCCUAUCGCGGUUCUGGACACGGGCACCACCCUGGUCCUUGGCCCCUCGCAGGACGUCGCGCGCUUCUGGGCAUCUGUCGGCGGCGCCAGGCAAACAGAUCGUGGCUGGGAAGUGCCCUGCAAUCGCGCAGUCGUCGUCGGCCUGGUCCUUGGCGAAGGCACCGCCCAGAAGGAGUAUACCGUUGACCCAGCGGACAUCAGUUGGAAAGAAGGUUCAGUCGACAACGUGUGGUGUCUGGGAGGGGUGCAGAGCAACGACGAGGUCUAUUCUGCCGAUUGGCUGCUGGGUGAUACGUUCUUGCGGAACGUCUACGUGACGCACCAUGCGGCAAACGAUACGCAGCCGCCGAAGAUUGGUCUCCGCGGACUGACAGACCCGGCGGCGGCCCUCGCUGCGUUCAUCGCGGACCGUGGCGCGGACUCCGGUUCCCCCGCGCAGGUCCUGUCGCAAGCCGAUCACACCAACUCCCUCACUGGCGGUGGCAUCUGCGGCAUUGCGACAGCGAGUGGCUUUGUCGCCGGGGCGGUUAUCCUGGUGCUUGUCUUUAGCUUGACAGGUUACCGCAGGAAGUAUUGA